CGCCAUGACAUCAUCUAUAACAGCCACGGCAUAUCUACAGUACCCACUUAGCUAGACUUCCUCCCUUGCUUCCCACGAUUCCUUGCUUUCAAUUUGACCUGACCUUUUGGUGUUCAGAAGUAGAUGCGUUCUUUUUCUGAUCUCGGUUCAGCUCUUGAUCCUUUUUACAGGCUGGGCUGAUUGGAUCUUUCUCGUUCAGUUGCUUUUAUUUCUGUCGAGGGCUCCAAAACUAAGUCCAACCUCACCCGUUACGAAGCCUGCAGACCGCGGACGUUGAACAAAAGCUUCUUGUCUACCACCCACAAUGGCGGAACAGCAGCAGCAGCAUGCGCCUGGAGGCCACUACUCCGGUGCAAAUCCUGUGCCAACUGUAAAGAAGUUCAUGGAAAACAUGGAUAAAGACAAAAAAGAACGCGAUCGUCAAAUUGACGACGCAGAGAAAGCUAGGAAACAAGCUGCAGCUCAUGGGGGCUCUGACGCGGUCCCUCACAAGAACCAGAAAGCCGGUGUCAAAGGCACCCAGAAGAUUGUUACGGAUCCAACAACUGGCAAGCAAGUCACGAUUGAGGAUGUCGAUCCUAGUAUAAUGGAUAGAGUGACGAAUCCCAUGCUCUCUGUUCCUAAUGCCAAUCUUGGUAAAGACACUCCAGUCAAAACCGCGGCAAACAUGUCUGGCGAGGAGUACAGAGAGGCACAGGAUGUCACUGCUCCCCCAGAUCCAGUGACAGAGGGCGCAACAUCUGAUGUCCCAAUCCACGGAGAAAAGACUAAUAUCCUCUUCCAUCCUACACCCUCGGUUAGCUACGAGCCCAUGUUCGCCGCAUUGGAGUCGCGAACAAACGCCUUAUGUAUUGGCAUAUUUCUGGCCACCGUAAUAAUUGGAAAGAUGUUCGGUGGCAGACUACUAGGCAUGAUUCCUCUUGCUAUGUGUCUGACGUCGGGUGUGUGGCUGUGGACUAAGGAAGUCGUUCGCAGCGGGCGAGAGAUGGAAUGGGAGAGCGAGAAGAAUCGUGGAGAAUACGCAACGGCAAAUCUGCUACCUGAGUCCGUAGAGUGGAUGAACACUCUACUCGGAAUCGUCUGGGGCCUUAUCAACCCUGACAUGUUUCAGGGCGUUGCAGAUACUCUCGAAGACGUGAUGCAAGCUUCGGUACCUGGUGUCAUUGAGAACGUCAGAGUUGCUGAAAUUAGUCAAGGCAGCAAUCCGAUCCGGAUACUCAGUCUGCGCGCCCUUCCAGACUCGCAUAUGAAAGACAUGAAGAAGACUAUCCACGAUGAAAACAAAAAAACAAAGGAUCCCCAGGAAGCUGCGGCUGACGAAGAAGGCGGCGAUUACUACAACCUCGAAGUGUCAUUUGCGUAUCACGCUGCGCCGUCUGGUAAACGCGCUUCUGAUAAAGCUCGCAACAUGCAUAUGCAACUCGUCUUCUAUCUUGGUAUCAAGGGUCUGUUUGGUGUUCCAUUGCCAAUCUUUGUCGAGCUUCAAGGACUUGUAGGAACAAUUCGGCUUCGACUUGCUAUGACACCUGAGCCUCCGUUCUUGAAGAACUUGACGUUUACCUUGAUGGGCACACCUCAGGUCAAGGCAGGAUGUAUUCCCAUGGUCGAGAAGGGCGUGAACAUCUUAAACCUUCCCCUGAUCUCCAACUUUGUCAACUAUGCCAUCGGUGCUGCCGCUAGCAUGUAUGUUGCUCCGAAGUCAAUGUCUAUUGACAUGCGAGCUAUACUUCAAGGAGAUGACAUUACGAAGGAUGUAUUGGCGCUCGGUGUCAUGUGGAUCCGCAUUCACAGAGCUGUUGGUCUCAGCAAACAGGACAAGCGUGGGAGCGAACAUGGCGGCAGCGAUCCAUACAUCACUUUGGCAUUUUCCAAGUAUGGCAAACCAAUGUACUGCACGCGCGUCAUCACGGAUGACUUGAAUCCGAUCUGGGAAGAGACUGCAGCUCUUCUGGUCACUCCUGAGCUUAUUAAAGCCGAUGAGAACCUUAGUGUUGAGCUCUGGGACUCUGAUCGCCACAGCGCCGAUGACAUUGUAGGUAAGGUUGAGCUAUCGAUGCAGAAGAUGAUUCAACAUCCUGGUAAGAUGUUCCCGCAAGUCUCUAAGCUUGCGGGUAUGGAUGCGGACAGUACUAUGCCUGGUGAGCUUCAUUGGGAGGUAGGCUUUUUCGGCAAGCCACAGUUCAGACCCGCACUUAGAACCGAUGGAAAGAACAAAGCUCUUCCAGACGAAUUGAAGAAUAAUCCUGAGCUUCAAGACGAGAAGGGCGUGACGAACACGGCCGAUGACGAUGCUGUUCAACAUACCCCUCCAGACCCUCUCUGGCCGAGUGGUAUUGUCAACGUCGUCGUCCACCAAAUUGUCAACCUCGAGCUCGAGAAUGUGAAAGGCAGCAACGGAAAUCGUAAGGGUAGAGAAUUCGAACCUGCGAAGCCCUAUGGAGAGAGCACUGCAGAACAGGGGAAGGACCUACCGACUUCGUACUGUACUAUUUGCUUCAACGAUGAACUGGUAUAUCGAACUCGCUCCAAGGCUGUUAGCAGUCAGCCGAUCUUCAACGCAGGUACAGAGCGUUUCAUGCGCGAUUGGAGGUCUGGUAUCAUCACCGUCACGGUGCGUGAUUCGCGCAACCGAGAACACGAUCCUAUCUUGGGCGUAGUUCCGCUGAAGCUGUCCGACAUUUUGGAAACAAGCUCACAGGUCACUCGAUGGUACCCUCUUGAUGGUGGUGUCGGGUUUGGUCGUGUGCGCAUAUCUCUUUUGUUCCGAGCCAUUGAAACCCGGUUGCCACCUAACAUGCUCGGAUGGGAUGUUGGUACUUUUGAGUUCGUCUCCAAUGUUGUCAAGACGAUCGACUACAGCCAACACGCAAGACUGAAGAUGCGCACUGGUGGGAGUACCGGCAGAAUCGGACGUAGCUCCGGAAAAUCCCGCUUUGAGGGUAAUGGUUACGACUACAACAUUGUACCGAAAGACGGUCAUGAGAAGGUCCGACUGCCAGUAAAAUACCGUUACCGCUCCCCAAUCGUCAUUGAGUUCCAUAUUGCCAAUAAAAGAAGAGCCGAUGCUUAUUCUGUCAUCUGGCUCCACCACCUCAUCGACAACGAGGAAACUCCUAUUGAUAUACCGAUCUGGAAGUGCUCUCACCCGGCUCGUCUCACACAGAACUACAUCACCGAAGAAAAUUGCAAGAAUGAAGUUGGCCUUGAAGACCUCCAAGUUGUUGGUCGCCUCCAGUUCACCGGUCGCUUUAAAGCCGGUAUGGACGAAAGCCAUGAGCAUUUCAUAUCAGAUAACGACACACGCGAGACGUUCGAAACUUGGGAGGCUUGUCUCGCCGAGGGUGUGCGGACGCGGAUGGUCGAGAAGGAAAUGCCGGAUCGUAUUCAGAGGUUGCAUGACGACAGCCUGACGGAGGGCCGCGACGUGCUUAAGGACGCCGACGAAGAGGAGAAGAUCAAGUGGCUCUCCAAGUCGGGCACUGAUUGGAGUGGUGCCUUUGGCCACGACCCAGCUGCAUAUGUUGACUCCAAGGGCAAGAAACGCCGAGAACCUGGAGCCGAGCAGCCACUACACGACCCGUACCAUCCGUCAGGUGACGAAGACAAUGAAGAUGAUGAUGAUGACGACGACGAAGAUGACGAAGCCUCAAGUGAUGAUCUAGGUAUUCAGGACGCCAAUAACUCUGCUGCUGGCGAGGAAGGAUCCGUAAAGCAAUCGUUCGCCACAGAUCGCACAGACACUACAAUGAGCACGAUUGAUUCUCAAGCUACGGGUGACACCGUAGAGAAGAAUAACAAACAAAACAAGCGCACAGAGGAGCGCAAGCAGCGCGGUUUGAUGCAAUGGAAGCCUGCUCGUAACGUCAAGUUUGCGAAAGACCAAGGCAAAAUUGGCUUGAGGAAGUUGCAGAAGAAGCUGACAGGUGGUCUGGAUGGGAGACAACCUGGUGUUGAGACUGAAACUGGAUCAUAGACGGCGAAGAGUAGCAAUGACGUAAUGAAUGGUAAUGAGUAUCGAAUUUGUGGUAUCUUUUUGCAAGAUGAGCUAGCUAAAAGGACUUUGUCUUAAAGGAGGUAGUGAAGCAUAUAGUUCUGAUGUGGUUGAAGUUCAAAUGUUACAACUACACAAGAAAUAGUAUUAUGGGCCAGGAUGCAUGUUUUUUUGGCCCGGCCCUCAAAGUACGCCUGAAUGGUUCAGACUCCUCCUACCCACCAACUUAUGCAUG